GUGGGGAUGCCGCAGCCACACAUCUUGGCAGGUCAUCAAGAGGGAUAAACAGAAAACAAGAAAAAGUUUAGACAUGGGUGUGAGAUGAUGGGCGAUGAUGGGGCCUCCCAGAGCUGCAGAGGUUUCCGCUGCACAGUCUCUUAGGGCAGAUAGCACCUAGUCAGAGGGGACCCUUUUCCCAGAAGUGGCCAGCCAGCUAGGACCCCAGACAGACAAUCCCAGCAUGGGGAACCAGGACGAGUCCAGGAAGCUGAACGGGGGCUCCUCGCACCCCGACGCCACCUCAGCCGUGGCCCCCGAGCAGGCUAAAGAGAGCAUGCAGAUGAAGAAGGAGAUCUCCCUGCUCAACGGAGUCAGCCUCAUCGUGGGCAACAUGAUUGGCUCGGGAAUCUUCGUGUCUCCCAAGGGCGUGCUCAUCUACAGCGCCUCCUAUGGCCUGUCGCUGGUCAUCUGGGCCGUCGGUGGAGUAUUCUCAGUGGUCGGCGCUCUGUGUUACGCAGAGCUGGGCACCACCAUCACCAAGUCCGGGGCCAGCUAUGCCUAUAUCCUGGAGUCCUUUGGUCCAUUCAUUGCCUUUAUUCGCCUGUGGACAUCACUGCUCAUCAUUGAGCCCACCAGUCAGGCGGUCAUCGCCAUAACGUUCGCUAACUACCUGGUGCAGCCACUGUUCCCCACGUGUGAGCCACCCUACUCAGCCUCGCGCCUCAUCGCAGCCACCUGCAUAUGUUUGCUGACGUUCAUCAACUCAGCCUACGUGAAGUGGGGCACCAGGGUGCAAGAUGUCUUCACUUACGCCAAAGUUCUCGCCCUCGUCGUCAUCAUCAUCACAGGCAUAGUGAAACUAUGCCAAGGAUACACCGUGAACUUUGAGGCGUCGUUCCAGGGCUCUUCUACAGACCCAGGAGACAUUGCCUUGGCCCUGUACUCUGCCCUGUUCUCCUACUCAGGCUGGGACACACUCAACUUUGUUACCGAGGAGAUCAAGGACCCAGAGAGGAACCUGCCCCUGUCCAUUGCCAUCUCCAUGCCCAUCGUCACGAUCAUAUAUAUCAUGACUAACGUGGCUUACUACGCCGUGCUGGACAUGAGUGCCAUCCUCGCCAGUGAUGCCGUGGCUGUGACGUUUGCCGACCACACUCUGGGAGUGAUGAGCUGGACCAUCCCCAUCGCUGUGGCUCUGUCCUGUUACGGAGGGCUAAACGCAUCUAUUAUCGCCGCAUCCAGGCUGUUCUUCGUGGGUGCUCGUGAAGGUCACCUCCCGGACGCCUUAUCAAUGAUUCAUGCGGAGAGGUAUACUCCUGUCCCUGCUUUGAUCUUCAACUGUGCCAUGGCCUUGGUAUACCUGACUGUGGAGGAUGUCUUCCAGCUGAUCAACUACUACAGCUUCAGCUACUGGUUCUUUAUGGGUCUGUCUAUCGCCGGGCAGAUCUACCUGCGCUGGAAGGAACCAGAAAGACCCAGACCACUCAAGUUGACCCUGUUGUACCCCAUCAUCUUCUGUUGUUGCACUGUGUUCCUCGUGGCAGUGCCACUGUACAGUGACACCAUCAACUCUCUCAUUGGCAUCGCCAUUGCCCUCUCAGGAGUGCCAGUCUACUUCCUGGGCAUCCACCUGCCCGAGUCCAAACGCCCACCCUACAUUACGAAGUUACUACGUACUUUCACACGCUUUACCCAGCUCACCUGUUUCUGUGUGCUCACCGAGAUGGACAUCAGUGAGUAAACCUCACUCCCAACCAUGACAUAAAGUUCUUACCAUGUUACCCACCUCCCUUUGUAAUUCACAAACAGACACAUGGGACCAACUCAUGGAAAUUCACCUCUUUUGCAAAAACAAGGGAAUAUUUAAACAUUUUACCUGAAUGUCUAACUACUACAUUAGUCUGUAGUUUGCAAUGUGGGACACUAUACACACAUUUACACGCACAGACAGGUAUAGAGAGGUGACAGUGUGGGACUCCAGUUGCUUUUCACUGCCGCCAACCUGGUGCCUGAUGGUUCAUGUGAAGUUAAGUAUUGGGCAAGGACAAAUCCCAAGGAAAGCCAUGGUCAUCUGACCAGUACUCUGGGACAUCCCUUCCUCCUUAUGUCAUUAUCCUACUCAUAGUUUCACUUCUCCCCAUCUCCUGACAUAGCAUUGUCCCCUGCCUGGUGUAUGAGCUGAGGGGGUGAGAUCCACAUCAGAGCCUGUGGAGGUCUCUCCCUUCUCAAGGGCUGGAGAUCCAUGUAAGAUGGCAAUACAUCUCUUAUCUUGUGAUGGAAUGACCUAGAGAGGUUAGACAAUUUUGUUUUAUGAUCUCAGAGUACACUUUCAUUUUUAGAAUUUUAAUGUGCCUGUCAAAAACAUAUAGAGUGUACAAAACAUUAGGAACACCUGCUCUUUCCAUGACAUAGACUGACUAGGUGAAUCCAGGUGAAAUCUAUGAUCCCUUAUUAAAUCCACUUCAAUCAGUUUAGAUGAAGGGGAGGAGACAGGUUAAAUGAUUUUUAAGCCUUGAGACAUGGAUUGUGUAUGUGUGCCAUUCAGAGGGUGAAUGGGCAAGACAAAAUAUUUAAAUGCCCUUGAAUGGGGUAUGGUAGCAGCUGUCCUGCGCACCGGUUUGAGUGUGUCAAGAACUGCAACUCUACUGGGUUUUUCACACUCAACAGUUUCCCGUGUAUAUCAAGAAUGGUCCAACACCCAUCCAACUUGACACAACUGUGAGAAGCAUUAGAGUCAAUAUGGGCCAGCAUCCCUGUGGAAUGCUUUUGACACCUUGAGGCUGUUCUGAGGGCCAAAGUGGGUGCAACUCAACAUACCCCAAAGGGACAUGCAAACAGACUGAUUUUUAUAAAUAUUAAAAUGUAUUUCUUAAAAGUGA